UGCAAGUUCUUCCAGUUGGCAGGGCCCGCGGCGAGUCGCUGUCAUGGAGGGCGCCGAGCUCCCUGGGCAGGCAGAGGGAGGCGGUGUGGAGCGUCGAGGAGCGCCGGCGGUGGCUGGUCAGGGAGGCGCCCUGGUGGAGCGCACGCCGACCCCCGGCGGCCUGGCCCUGGUGAGCCCCUACCACACCCACCGGGUCGGGGACCCGCUGGACCUCGUGGCGCUCGCAGAGCAGGUGCAGAAGGCAGAUGAGUUCAUCCGAGCAAAUGCCACCAGCAAGUUGUCGGUCAUAGCUGAACAAGUCCAACAUUUGCAAGAACAAGCCAGAAAGGUUCUGGAAGAAGCCCGCAGAGAUGCUGACUUGCACCACAUAGCUUGUAACAUGGUGAAAAAGCCUGGCAAUAUUUACUAUCUUUAUCAACGGGAGAGUGGCCAGCGAUACUUUUCCAUUAUUUCUCCAAAGGAAUGGGGAGCAAGUUGUCCACACGACUUCCUUGGAGCCUACAAGCUGCAGCAUGACUUGUCCUGGACUCCCUAUGAGGACAUUGAGAAGCAAGACUCUAGACUCAGCAUAAUGAACAGACUGCUAAACCAGCCAGUGGCUAUGCCCCCGUGCACUGAGCCCAUCUUCCAGGGACUGAGUCAUUGAGCGUGGCCCCUGACCAGCAGCUCUCACAAGGCCUGAACAUCGCCUCCUUGUUGCCCUGAUGCUCUGCCUUGACGGAAGUGUUCAUGGGAACCGAGGGCACGUAGCUGAAUCUUGGAAUGGUGCCAUGUGUGACUGACCCUGUUGUUACUGCCUUUAGUUAGGAUGAAAAGAAUCAGCACUUUCCUUUGGGAUCCUCUCAGGGCCACUAACACCCAGCCAGUGAGUUUCAGGGGACUGGCCAGUCCACUUUUUUCAUCUGCAGCUAUUAUUCUUUUCAGCCAGAGCGCUAAAGAAGACUCUUCUGGGGCCGGGGAGAUGGCUCAGAAUAAGCACUUGCUUAGCAAGUGCAAGGGCCUGAGUUCAAUCCCCAGUUCU